AUGGAGUUGGAUUUGGACUUGCUGCGGAAACAGAUGGAAGCCGAUCCGUAUCAAACCACUCUGAUAGUCACUCUUCGGUUGAGUCAAACCACAGUUGUUCGCGGAUUGAAGUCAAUCGGCAAGGUGCGAAAACUAGGUCGAUGGGUACCACUUGCUUUGACGCAGUAUGACAUGGACUGUCGCUGUGAUACGGCGCUUUCUCUCCACACGCUAAAGAGCACCCACACGUGGAUUGGGCACAUAGUCACCGGGGAUGAGAAGUGGAUUUCCUGUUCUAACAUUCACGUGUCGUUGUCGUGCCCAAUGGGUUGA